AUGUCAUUUUUAAACAGUCUACAACACUUUCUUCAAACAGAGGAAGGCUAUGAUCAAGAACAACCCAAUGAAAAGUAUCCCGUUUCUGGUCAACACCAGAAUGUAUCUGAAAACGUUUCCGAAAGGCUGAAACUGCAAGUACAUAAUCAUGGUUUUUUUGUUGGUAAGAAAUGUGAUAUAAGUUGUAAAAAUUUGGAAAUGAACGACACUCUUUCAGAAUUACCACAAAAGACAACCUUCCAUGAAAUACCCGAGAAUUCUGAUAUAUUCAAUUACCUACCUGACUCAGCUAGCGGAACCAAAACCUCCAUAACUGAAAAUACCAAUCUACGGCAAUUAAACCAACUGCAAAACAAUGCUUCAGAGCUGAGUAGACACCAGUAUGGAAGCACAUCUUCUUUAGUACUUGCUACAGAAGUGCUCCCCUACAAUCAAAGGUCUGUCUUUCCAUUUAAUCAAUUCAAUGAGAUGCAAUCAAAAGCUUUUAGUUCAAUUUACAACUCGUCAAACAAUUGUGUGAUCAGCUCUCCCACGGGUUCGGGAAAAACGGUUCUCUUUGAAUUGGCAAUUUUAAGAGAGCUAGAACAAGAAUUUGAACCCAAUUUCAAAGUUCUUUAUUUAGCACCAACAAAAGCUCUAUGCAGCGAAAGGUUAAACGACUGGACGAAAAAGUUCUCGUCGUUAAACAUCACAGUUGGAAUUUUAACCGGUGACACAACUUUUAAAGAGGCGGAAAAUGUAAGGAGAUCAAAUAUUAUAGUAUCUACCCCUGAAAAAUGGGACAUGAUAACAAGAAAAUGGAAAGACUACUCUAGGUUAUUUGGGUUAAUCAAGAUAUUGCUUGUCGAUGAAAUUCACAUUCUCAAGGAGCUGAGGGGGUCCACUCUAGAAGUGGUUAUGACAAGGAUGAAACGAAUAUGUAUAGGAUUGAGAAUAUUGGCCAUUUCAGCAACAGUCGCUAAUGCAAUUGAUAUAUCAAAAUGGAUUGGACUAUACGAUGAGUCUACGCUUCCAGCGGAAACUUUGUGUUUUGGAGAGGAAUUUCGUCCUGUGAAAUUGUCAAAGAUUGUUUAUGGAUACAAACCAACAAGUGAUAACGAUUUUCAGUUUGACAUUUUUUUGAAUAGCAAGUUGAUUGAAGUGAUAAAUCGACACUCCAAUGGCAAAUCUGUACUAAUUUUUUGCUCGACCAGAAACAGUUGCCAGAAUACAGCUAAAUAUCUAUUCAAUAACUUGUCGGAAACAACCAGGACAGAUAUAAAAUUAAAGGAUCGAGAUGCUAUGAACUAUGCCACCAAAGGGAUUGCUUACCACCAUGCAGGGUUAACUUUUGGUGAUAGAAAACUGAUUGAAAUUGCAUUUUUGAAUAGUCGCUUGAAGAUACUUUGCUCUACAUCGACUUUGGCUGUGGGGAUCAAUCUUCCAGCAUAUUUGGUUAUUAUAAAGGGGACAAAAUGCUGGGUAGAGAGUAGUUUUCAAGAAUACUCAGAAACAGAUGUUUUGCAAAUGGUUGGGAGAGCUGGUAGACCUCAAUUUGAGAGGGAUGGUGUUGCAGUAAUCAUGACCUCCAUCAAAUUUAAACAUCGCUACGAAAGGAUAAUUGAAGGGACAGAGAAAAUUGAGAGCAGUCUUCACAUGAACUUUCGAGAGCAUCUAGCGGCAGAGAUUUCUGUUGGUGUGAUAAAAAACAUCGAGGAUGCACUAGUUUGGUUGAAAUCGACGUACCUAUAUGUUAGAUUUUUGGCGAAUCCAGGAUAUUACGCCCUACAGAUACCAAAGAGUUCAGACCCAGAGGAGACAUUGACGUCAUUUUGUUUUCAACAGUGUAAAACCCUUUCUCAAGAGAGCUUAAUUAUCAUGGACAAUCAAAAUAAUUGCAAAAUAACAGCUUAUGGCUACUCCAUGGUCAUGCAUUACGUAUCAUUCAAUACUAUGAAGAAUUUAAUUCAUUCCGAGGACCAACUAUCUGUGCAUGAAACACUCAAUUUAUUAUUUAAAUCAUCAGAAUUUGCAGAUUUGAACCUAAAACAUCAAGAAAAACGACUAUAUAAAGAAAUCAAUAGCUCGCCAAUCCUUAGGUAUCCAUCAAAGCUGAAAGAUCUUGGCAAGAAAGAUAAAGUAAAACUAAUCAUUCAAUUUGAAUUAGGUGGACUAGAUUUUCCCACCUAUAAUGGAGCAUUAAAGUUACAUUCAAGUUUUUUAGGAGAUAAAUUCUAUGUAUUCAAGCACAUAUAUCGGAUCAUGAUGGCCUUGUUGGAUGUUUUCAUUGAGAAGCAAGAUGCAAAGUCACUAUAUAGUCUGAGCUAUUUAUUGAGAUGUAUAAAUGGGAAAUGUUGGGAAGAUUCACCAAAUGAGCUUCGACAACUUGAUGGAAUUGGUCCAGCAAGUGUUAAGAAGUUUUGUACACAUAAUAUCUUGUCGCUUAAGGAUGCAAAAGCAUUAACCAGUAGUCAAAUCGAAUACUUUCUUGGUUUAAAAACUGGAGCUGGAAACAAAAUUAAGAGAAAUAUUGCCUCGGUGCCCAACCUACAAUUGAAUCUUAAGUUUGAGAAUGAAGAGCUAGCAGAAGACAGAACUUCUGUGGAAGUAACAUUGAAUAUAUCGAUUGAUGUAGCUAACGCACUGAUAGCAUCAAUAUGGAAGAAUAAAUUAGUAUACAUUCAUUUGACUACAGAUGAUUCGAAUGGACAUUUAUUGGAUUUUAGGAGAAUACCAGUGAGCAAGUUCAAAACUUCUGGAUUGAAAUCAUUUGAGAUAUCAUAUUCCACUAAAGAUCUAAACCAGGUUAUAUGCUGUCAUGCAUCUGCCGAUAUGAUAGCCAGUGUCAAAACUAAAACAAGUGUGUCAAUCCAUAAAUAUUUGAGUGAAUCUACAAUCAAAAAUUUUAUAAAUCAUACAGAAGAUUUCGAAUUUAGUGACCUGGAUGAUGAUAACUUGUUUGAUAUUAAACCAGCAAAUCAAAACGAGUCCAAAAUUAUUGAGUUCCGCAAUGAGACAAAGGAAGAUGAACCAAAAACAGAAGUGACUAAGCCAAUUGAAAAUGAAAUCAAGACCCGCAGAGUUCUAGCAAAUGGGAACUACGAGUGUAAUCAUGCCUGUAAAGAUAAACAGAGAUGUCGCCAUUUGUGUUGUCGUGAGGGAUUACCCCCGAAAACCAGUGGUGGAAAUAAAACUCCACAGACUGAGAAUUCCAAGCCUGUAAAUUCCAAUACUCAACAGAAUCCAACUGAAACUGAGGAUAAUAGUGCCAAACCAGAACCAACACCAAUUAGUGCAAAGAGGCAACUUAAAAUCCGAAAGAAUAAAGCCACAUUAAAAAGAACAUUAUUCGAUGACUCUGAUCCCGAAGUCGUAGCAUCUCCUGUUGAAAUACCUCAGUCAACAACGAAACCAAAGAAGAAAACAAAGAGUACGGUUUUCUCUAUUGAUGGAAGUGAUCAUUAUGAAAACGAAAAAACAGUAUAUGAACUAAACACGAUUCAAAAUGUGGAUGCACUAGCGGCUACUUCUGGAAAAACUAGUCAAUUGGAAACUAAGAGUAAGCUGGCAGCAACAAGUCUAAGUAAUAGUUCUGAAUUAUUCUUAAUUGAAAUACCGAAGACCCCAAUUGAGUCUUUGCCUUCUCUUAGUAACGCAAAUAACGCGAUAGCAGAUUGCAAUAAAUCAGAAAACGAGGAAGUAAAAGUAUACAACAAAGAACUAUUACAAAAUUUACUUGGAUUGGAUGUAGAUAUUGAUUUAUAG